CCACAGGGCUGAGAGUUUAAUCAGUGGCUUCACCUUCCCUCUGGAUGUCUCCGAUCCAGAUGACUCGCUGGCAAUUCACUGCCCGGAUUUUCCUUUCUAGUGUCAGAAUUCUGCGUUGGAGAAAGUUGCAGUGUUUUGGAAGGAAAACGUGGGGGCCACAGCCUGCCAGGUUCCUGUCUCGCCAGGCACAUGGCUGGGUCCCAUCCAAAUCCUUGGCAAAGAUCACUUUAGCAUUUUGCGGGAUUGGAGGGUCGUUUGGGAGUGUGAGAUGUGAAUGUAUACCCUGCGAGGGAGCCUGUAUAGAAGUAGAUGUACACAUUAGUAAUGGUUAUGGUGGCGGACCCUCGAGUAGUUUCCUCCAGCGUAUUGCGGCGGCCGUUUCCCUAACCCUCCGUGUCUGUCUUCUGUUGCUGAAGUUCGGCCCUUUGCUUUGGCUUUACCCAGUCACCUACCUGUCUUCCAGUUUUGCAUCUUUCUGGUUCCACCUUCUGCUAAAGGCCACGGAAUCCUCCGGCCCCAGUUACAUUAAGCUGGGCCAGUGGGCAAGCACGAGGAGAGAUCUCUUCUCGGAGGAGUUCUGCACCAAGUUCUCCAGACUCCACAUCCAGGUGGCCCCUCAUCCUUGGACUUACACCCAGCGUUCUCUGUGCAACGCCUUUGGAGAAGGCUGGGACCAGAUCUUCCGUUUUGAAAGCCAGGAACCCAUCGGCUCUGGCUGUGUCGCCCAGGUAUAUAAAGCAUACGUGGACGUCUCUGUCCUCGGAGAGCCGCUGCGUAAAUAUCUCUCAAAGAAUGCUGCUGUGGAUUCUGUUUCGGAAGCCUGGCAGGUGUCUGGGAUCAAGGGACUCUUCAGGUGGCUUUGGAAGAACCAGCAGGAGGAAUCUUCAAAAGCAGAUGGGGCCCAUUGUUUGCCUGGGGAAGAUGGUCGACAUGGAAGUGAGAAUUGGAGCAAGCAUCUUCCGGAGCAGAUGUCCAGAUAUCCCAGCAUGCUGUCAUCCUCUUCCGGAAGGAAUCAGCUUGUCCCAGUAGCCAUUAAAGUGCUGCAUCCUGGAUUAGUUCAUCAGGUUGAAAUGGAUCUCUUUCUGAUGAAGAUAGCUAGCCGAUUCAUUGAGCUUUUUCCCGGACUCAAAUGGCUCAGUCCAACUGAAAUUGUGGAGGAGUUCGAGAAACUCAUGACUCAGCAGAUUGACCUGCGCUACGAAGCGAGGAACCUGGAGCGUUUCCACCGUAAUUUCCGAGAUGAGGAUUCUGUGAAAUUCCCCAUUCCGCUUUUCCCUUUUGUCACAAGAAACAUCCUAGUGGAGACAUUUGAGGCAGCUGAACCAGUAUCUCGGUAUCUGCACACCGAGGUCAAAAUGGCGCUGCGGCAGAAGUUAGCCAAGAUGGGGAUGGACAUGCUGCUAAAGAUGGUGUUUGUUGAUAACUUUGUCCAUGCUGACCUCCACCCCGGGAAUAUUCUGGUUCAGGGAGCAGAGCACGCGAGUGACACCCUUGAGGUCCGGACUAGCAUGGUGGACCUGCUUGACACGCUGAUUUUGGAAGUGCAGCCUUCACACUCCCCACUCCGGCUGGUGCUUCUGGAUGCAGGAAUCAUAGCGGAGUUGCAGAGUAGUGACCUUGAGAACUUCCGGGCCGUGUUUACAGCUGUGGUACUAGGACAGGGGGAGAGAGUGGCAGAGUUAAUCCUUCAUCACUCCCGAGCUAACCAGUGCAAGGAUGUGGAGAAAUUCAAAGCAGAAAUGGCAGAGUUGGUGAUGAAGGCCAGGAGCAACACCAUAGCCCUGGGAAAGCUCCAAGUAGUGAGCCUGCUGUCCAGCGUCUUCAAGUUACUAAUGACCCACAAGGUGAAGCUGGAGAGUAACUUUGCCUCUGUCGUAUUUGCCAUUAUGGUGCUGGAAGGCCUCGGCCGCUCGCUGGACCCUGAACUGGAUAUCCUGAAAGCUGCAAAACCUCUUCUCGUCAAACCUCCACGUUCCCUCCUGGAGUAG